CUUGAGUUUAGAUCAUUUCCUGCUGCUCAUUGGUCUGUGAAUUUAGAAGCUAUUGACAGAAACAAUCAAUUGCUCACCUUACUCACUCUAGCCAACACAUUUCAUGAUCAUAAACUUCAAGAUGAAAUUGGAAGAUGAUAAAUUGCAACAUUGUCAUCAUUUCUUAUCCUUCAGUGGCUUGGAGGAGUUCCCUGAAUCAAUUGGCUUGCUAAGGCAUCUUCGUUAAACUAUCUGGAACAGAAGUUAAAACGGGACUCAGCAAUGGCGACCACUGCUUGUUUCAUCAUUGUUAGCAGAAAUGAUAUUCCUAUAUACGAAUCUGAAGUUGGGACUGCUACUAAAAGAGAAGAUGCUGCUCAGCUGCAUCAAUUUAUACUGCAUGCUGCUCUUGAUAUUGUGCAGGACCUUGCAUGGACUACUACUCUCUUCGUUAGAAACUUUCAUUUCAUGAUUUACGAGACUCGUGAAGUAAUUUGUAUGUCUGGGAAUUUGCAGAUUCUUCUUAAUCCCUUAUAUUUGCCUGGCUCUCGAAUCACAUCAUCACAUUUCGACACAAAAGUACGAGCCCUGGCACGGAAGUAUUUGUAGAAGCCACUAUUGAGCUCUUGUGGUCUGGGGGACAACUUGCAAACCCAUAGCUUUGCUGCCAGAGUCCACGCGGUUCAUUCUUCGUUUACUUGAAAUAGUUGUAUCGCAUUAUUAUAAUUAUUUUUAUUUUUAUAUGAUUUGGCUGUAAGGGUAGCUUUUUGCUCGCUAUCAGUAACAUGGUGGUUUUGGCUUUGAAGUGAGUGUAUGGGUAAACGAUGUUAUUGUAGUGACAUCCAUUUGCAAUACAUGCUAAAUUUGAGUGGCUUCGUGGUUGCAAAGACGAAAGCUCGUAACUGCACACCGUUUGAAGCCCCUCUAAA